AGACUGAUGCCCUCAUUGUGCCUCAUUAUCACAAAGGCUGAUAAAGUAAAACCUGAUUCUAUCUGCAUUAUUUGGAACAAACAGUAGAAAACCUAAAUUUAUACCGUUGUCUGCAGGAGAGCUGUUUAAUGUCCUUUGUCUUCAGGAAAGAUAGACCCUAGGAAGAAACCAUAUCCUCUACCAAAAGCCAUGAAAUUGAAAUAUUUACACAAAUGGUCACAAAUUCCCAGUUUUACAAAUGGCAAAGAGUUGCCUCUGAUAGGUAUCAUCAUAGCACUCAUUGUGUGCUGUGCUGCAGUACUGCUUUUCAUCUUCACAGUAUGCAUAGAUCCGAAUGUCAGCGAUAAACGUGAACAAUCACGUGAUCAGUUUGAUGAAGUAAACAGCAAACAGAAGACGACUUUGUUUGAAAAUGACGACCAUUUGUUAAGUGAUUAUCAGUGUGCUGAGGAAGAAAAGGAACAUCAUAAAUGUAGGGAUGCCUGCAGGUUUGUUCUUGUGGAAAGUAUUCCUCUUGGAAUGGCAUUUGGCCCUGAAGCUACAACUUAUAAGCCAUUGUACCAGGCCUGGACAGACCUUCUCCAGCUUGCUAACAAAAGUAUGCAUAUAGCUUCUUUCUACUGGACACUGACUGGAAAGGAUAUUGGCAUAAAUGACUCUUCUUCCAGACUGGGUGAAGAUAUUCUUCAGCAAUUUCAAGUUUUACUUUCCAAAAAUGUUUCAGUAUUUGUUGCAUCAAACAUACCUACAUUGGCUCCAUUCUCUACUGAUCUCAAGAUCCUGAAGGAAAAAGGAGCUCAUAUUCAAAAUGUUUCCUUACAAAAUCUGACAGGUGGUGUACUACAUACUAAAUUUUGGAUUGUGGAUAUGAAGCAUAUUUAUAUUGGUAGUGCGAACAUGGACUGGAGGUCACUGACUCAGGUUAAAGAACUUGGUGCUGUGAUAUAUAACUGCAGCCACCUUGCCAAAGAUCUAAUGAAAAUCUUUCAGACAUACUGGGCUCUUGGGCACCACAAUGCCAGUAUUCCUGAUCCAUGGCCAGCCAAUUAUACGACCAAGAUUAAUAAGGCCAAUCCCCUAGAGCUGAAGUUUAAUGGCACAUCAGCAAGUGUAUAUUUUACAAGCUCUCCUAAAAUUCUUUGCUCAUCAGGAAGAACUCCUGAUCUUGAUGCCAUAAUCAGCAUUAUUGAAGAAGCAGAGGAAUUUCUGUAUAUUUCAGUUAUGGAGUACUUCCCAACAACUCGUUUUAAGACUCCGGCAAGAUAUUGGCCUGCCAUUGACAAUGCUUUGAGAAGAACAGCUUUUGAACGAGGUGUAAAAGUCCAGCUUCUAAUCAGCUGUUAUGGCAACACUGAUCCGACAAUGUUUUACUUUCUUCAGUCAUUGCAAGCUCUUAAUGACCCAGAAGGCAAUAUUACCAUUUCUGUGAAACUCUUCAUUGUUCCGCCUGGGAACCAUGCCAAUAUUCCAUAUUCAAGAGUAAAUCACAGCAAGUUCAUGGUGACCAACACUGUGGCAUAUAUUGGUACAUCCAACUGGUCAGAAGACUACUUCAGUAACACAGCAGGAGUGGGUAUAAUUAUCAGCCAAACUCCGCAGAAUAAGAAAAUUAGCAGCCAGACGGUACAAGGACAACUGAAGCAUGUGUUUGAAAGAGACUGGACAUCAACUUAUGCCAUUAAGAUAGAAGAUCUCUCAGAAGGACAUGUCUGUAGGUUUCCCCUGCAUCAUCACUGAAAAUGAAAAGGGUUGAAUAAAACUGCAACAUUUUAGUUAAAUAAGUUACCUAUAUUUUCUUAACAUGCUUGCAUUUUCAGAUUUUUAUCAUACAAAUGACUAUAAGAGGUUGCAUCAGGUCUGUAGAAUGCCUGUGUAUGAAGAGGUUGAGUGGUAUAUGAUUUCUUCUUAGAUGUUUCCCAAAAAGGAUGCAAUUAAUUCAGCUAUGUUUACCAGGCAUUUUAGAGAAUCUGAUCAAAAAGUGUGUCACUGAAGAUUAACUGCUUUUUGGACCACUGAAAAUAUAAUCCUAUCUAUCUUGCUAAUUCUGCUCCUACCAUAAUAACAUUUGCAUUUUGUUUUAAUUUUUUUGGGACUGGGAAUAGGUUAAGUCAAGCAUUUCUUGAAGCAUUUAGAAAUGAGAAAAUCAGGUAUUAUGCAGAACGUGAUUUUCGAAUAAUAAGCCAUGUUUAUAAUAAAUAGUGGAACAUCUUUCUGUUAAUAUUUUUUGGGUUAAAGAAAUAUGACAAGAUUAUAAAAUAUAAGGCAGCUGUAUGUAUGUAUUAAUUUCUGUAGUUCGUUUAUCGCAGCUGAGCUGUUUACUAUAAAGGUAAUUCUUUUGUGGU